AUGAGUCUUUCAAUUGCUGAAAAGUCUUUUCUAUACGAUUCCCUGGCAUUAAAUCCACCUUUGAGACCAGAUGGAAGAGCAUUGCAUCAGUUUAGGCCAGUAGAGGUGUCCACAGACUUCCUACCAAACUCUAAUGGGUCAAGCCGUGUUAUUCUUAGCGGUGGUAGUGAAUGUAUUGUUAGUGUAAAGGCUAAAGUGGUAGAUCAUACUGUUGAAUCAGAGUUGUUAGUGGUUGAAGUUGAUAUUCAAGGGCACAGAGACGAUUCUCCAUUGGUUCAAAGCAUGUCCUCAUUACUUUCGAAACUACUCAAACAGACAAUCAAUAGCGAUAAACUAAUGUUGACCAAAAGAUAUAGCUUCAAGUUGUUCAUUGACGUGUUGGUUCUUGCAUCGAAAUCGUAUCCGGUGUCAAUGAUAUCAUUUGCUAUAUUCAGUGCUCUUAAGAAUACUUGGCUACCGAAAUUGAUAUCCAACGACGACGACUUAGAAGUGGAGGAACUACCCACGUUUCAUGAUUAUGAUAUGGUUAAAUUGGAGGCGGAUGCUCCUUUACUUUUCACAUUUGCUAUUGUUGGAGACAAUGUAUUAGUCGAUCCUACGUACGAGGAAAGUUUGGUAUCAAAUAAUGGUCUCGUAGUGACCUGGUAUCAGAACGAAGUACGGUCUCCAAUCAGAUCUGUAGGGUUGAAUGACGAUAGUACUAAGGGAUUCAAACAGGCUCAUUUAGAGAAAGCUUUUGAGGUGAUACGUCAGUACGCUCCGGAUGUUGAGAAGGCAUUAGAAUCGUCAAACUGA